CAUUUGAAAGUCUCGUUUACCAAAUAAAUACACUUAUUUUCGACAAGACAUAUAAGAAUCAAAAAUAUAUAUAAUAUGGAUAAUGAAUAUGCAUCAUGCCAAAAUUUUUCAAAUGGCUCCAGCACUUCGGCUCGUUCAGAUCUACCGCCAUGCACAAAAUCCAAGAAGGAUAUGAAUGCAGGAAAAAAAUCUGAACACGAAAAUUCGCCGCAAUGUUCCAACAUAAUCACAACCUCAAGCACGUCGUCAACAACAACCAUUUCGCUGGGCGCCUUAAAUUCCGAUACCCAAUUUCAAAAAGGAGCGGAGCACGAACCUCCACACAUUGGCUAUGAGCUGAGUGUAGCCAAGUCCAUACUGCAACAAUAUAGUACAUUAAGCGGAGACAACUUAUUUGAUCAUCUAAGUGAUAUUGUAAAACGAGUUGUUGAUGAACGACCUCCAAAUGUUAUCGAUUUUUUUGAGGAAUUUAGUCGAAAUGUGCGCGAGCAAAAAUUUCAUGUACCAGAACGUUUUCCUCCGAACGGCGUUUUUGCAGACAGUCGAAUGUUUCGUCCUGCGAAAAAAAUAUUGUGUUCAAUGAAGUUACUCCACAAUAUUGAAGGUUUUGACUUUGGCUGCGAGGAGGACCUUCCCUCUGAAGAGGCAUUUCCAUAUGUUGAUGGUGACCUUCGCAUAGAACUUGAUGAUUCCAUGCGCUUGUUUGUAACAUUUAACGAACGUGUUGAACAGCUUCAAUUCUAUUGGAACCAAUGCGGCUUUCAUAUAAGCAAAGAUGAUAUCUUUCAAUUAGCGUGUUCCAUAAACCGACUACAGACACAUCCAUCAAUAAUGCAAUGUCGAUUUUGGGGUUGUAUAAAUGGAUUGAAAGGUUCUUACUACAUUGUGGAAGCCUCACUCACACGCGAGGAAUUGAAUUCUCGAAAGGCUAUGAUGGAAGAAGAAAUGCGAGAAAAGCAACUUCCGUUUAAAAUGAGGAAAAAUCAGGAGCAAAAGCCUUUACCAACUCAUAUUGGCCCCGAACUAACUCCAGGAGUUUAUGGAUGGGAAAAUUAUGCUUUAGACGAUUUGGAAAAGAUGACACCAAAAGCUCAACCAGUUCCUUUAGCAGAGGAAAUCGAAUUUUACGAUAUACCACCAGAAAAUGUGGGACGUGGAUGCAAUCGUUACUCGUAUUUUGUGGUUAACUGCUUGUACAAUGAUUGGAUCGAGCUACCCAUUGUUACGCCACGACAAAUCGUAGUUUCUCGCGGAAUCAAAAAGUUCUUCACUGGCGAUUUGGAGGCUGAUGUAGUAUCAUAUCCAUGCUUUCCAGGAAAGGAAAAACAUUAUUUGCGUGCAAUGAUUGCUCGCAUUACAGCUGGCACCCAUAUUGCACCGCAAGGUUAUUAUCGUCGGAUGACUAAGAAGGAGCAAAACCUUUUUGAUGGCAUCAACCUGGACGAAGAAGAGGAAGUCGAGGAAGAAGAAAAUUUCAAUGAAGGUGAAGAAGAAGAAAUAACAGAUAAUGACGUAAUGCUCAUGAAAAACGAAAGGUUUGAAAUCGAACCAUUAAGCUCUUUGGCAACUCCCGUUGCCUGGGUUCAUUGCCGAGCGAAUAUCUUGAAUCAGGGUCGUGUUGUAUGGUUCGAUGAAGAGAAGGCUCGCAAGGAGCGGGAAAAACAACUUGCGAUGUAUUUAAGGGCGCGGCUAUUGGAAGAAAUGGAGGAAGAAGUUGAAGAAGAAGAAGGUGAAGGAGAAGAAGAGGGUGACGAAGAAGAUAUGCUUGAAGGGUUCAUUCAUCCAGAAACAGGGCCUGAUCUCUUAUCGUCAUGUGCGAGCGACAUGAGCAAAGAAUGUGCACAUCCCUGGCUGGUGCGUCUUACGAGCAGGUAUACCAAUCAAAAGGAGCGCUUGUUGGUGCUGCAAUCAAAUAUAUGGCCUGGGGCUUUCACCUUCGUUUUUGAAAAUACCUGCGAGUCAAUAUAUUUGGGAUGGGGACAUAAAUUUGUCAGACGCAACAUACCAUUCAAGCAUUUGGCUAUAGUUCAAGAGGAAUUUCCACACCAGGCCGAAGACUUUAUUGAAGCUACGGAUCCAACUCUUGAAGAUGAAAUCGCGUAUAAGAAUUGGCUUUUAAGUAAACAAAAAAGGAGUCCGAGCCUUGGAGAAGAUAUUGCUGAAUAUGACGCCGAUGAUUUGGACGAUAACUAUGACAACGAUGACAAUGAUGAUUAAAAUUAUAAAAAUAAUAUAAGUUAUUUGUAGCACUUAGUAUGUCAAUGUUCUCUAAAUAAAUACAAAUUUAAUAUUCAUAA